UAUAUUAACUCCACCAUCACAUUGACUUGAUGUCUUUCCCUACCGAUUUUGGCAAGUGCGAUGGCACCUUUCGCUCCUUCCUCUCAACAGACUGAGUAUUGGAAGGUACGAUCCUCGCUCGCUGUACUUAAUCCAAGCCAUUCCCGCGAUCCUCUCUCUGUCUCUUUCUUUCACCAUCAUACUUUUACAAGCAUCCAUCCAAACACAUAGCUACACUUCUGCUACAUUUCUGCUUCCCAUACUUACUGCUCUACGCCUUAAUUCUUAUCAAGAAUCGCUAUUCUACAGUACUUCAACAUGAAGACUUGUGUUGCCUCCCUCACUGCUUUGGCACUUGCCAGCCAGGUCGUCGGUGCUCCACAAGGGAUCAUCAGUCUUGCCAACGAGCGCAAUUCCGACACCGCUACUCCCGCUCGUGCUGCCAAUGCUCUUGAGUGGAUUGGCCCAAUCGGCCCUGCUGGGGAGGUGUACUCUUACUAUGGCAACCUCAAGGAGGUUAGCACGGAGAUGGUCCAAGUAGCUCGCGAUGCUCAGGUCCACCACGUUGGAGGCCUCGUUCGCCGCAAGAAGGUCAAGGCUUCCAUGGCCCCACAGGACAAGAUUGUCUGUGAUAGAGAGGACAUGACGGUUGCCCAGUACGGAGAGACUUGGGCUGCUUAUAAGCUCGCAUCCGUUGUUGGCGCUCUUGCCGCCACAAACGAGAGCUCCGUUGUCGUCAUUGGCGGUGGUCAUGGCCAUUGCGUUGACUUGACUGCCUGUGACGAGGCGGAGCGUGCUCGCAUCCAGCUGUGCAAUGAUAAUCCGCAGGCAAACCACGUCAAGGUCCAGACCAUUGCUGAGUACGCAUAUAGAAUCAUCUACGAGUGCGCGAGACAGGAUGGUUCGGGCUUGAUCUGGGGACAAGAGUUCGAUGACAACCAGUUCAACGUUAUCAUUUCAGGCUGCCCAGCGAACUAUCCGCCCAAGAAGGAAGCACCAAAGACUCCACUCGCACCACCCAAGGUGAGGGGACCCAAGGAAAAGGAUCCCAAGUAAAGGACGUCGUUUAUCUCAUAAUUCCGUGGCUGGAGUUGACGCGAUAAGCGAAGUAAUAGCAAGGAAAUUGGGCAUUGGGCAUGGUAAAAAGCCCGCGAUUGUAUGGGAUUGACUUGGUCGAAUAGCAGCUUCUUGUCUGGAAUGGCGUUUGGAAUGGCGUUUGGAAUGGCGUUUGG